UAUCUGCUGAGAAAACAAUGAAAAUGCCAGACCCUCCAGAGUAUGUGGUGUACACAGAUUCUGAGUUAGAAAUGGUGCGUAGUCAGUACUUUGCAUUGCUCUGCAAUGGAAAGGAAAAGAACUACAAGAUGUCAAAGGAGCUAUGUUGCAGACUUGUAAGGAACACAAUCACCAGCAUGGUUGCAAUCCUGCGUGCUAGUCCCAUGGGGAAAGAAGUAAGAUACCCUUCUAAAUUGGAAAUGAGAGCCAUGUCACAGAAGAUUGUCGACUAUUACCCUAUGUUACGUGAUGCUGAUCCAAAUAUGCCAUAUCUGACCAUCUACACCAAAAUGUACAAGCGACUCCAAAAUAUGAGAUCCCCAAGGAAGAGGCAGGGCUCCGUACCACAAAGAGGAGUGGCCAAGACAGCUCUCUUCAGUGCAGACAACCAAGACAUGGAGACAGAUUGGACAGACACAAGCAACUCGAGUGAUAAUACCAUACUUCUUGAGAGCAAUGAUGACAUCAGCGAGGACAACUCCAGUGCAGCAUCCCCACUGCAACUACCCUCCUCUGUGCCAAGGAAGCCAAAGAGUCGGACCAAAACCUUACUGCUGCCACCCGAAUCAGCCUCAGGCUCCUCACCCAGGACUGUGAUCGCUUCACCAACCACACCUGCAAAGGAUGUUGUUGUCGGCCAGGACAAUCUGAAGAUGCAGGCUAGGCACUACAGAACCUUGAGCAACAUGUACAAUAAGCCUAAUGCAAAACCCAAUCACAACGAUGUUGCUCAACUUUUGGACCUUGAGUUUGAGGCCAGACGGGCUUUCAUUGAUGCAGAUGUUACAAGGGAAGAAGACCGACCUGCAAAAAUCUUUGAGGCAUAUCCAUGUUUCAAAGAUGUUCGAAAUGCAAUGGAUGAGCUGCGGUGCAUAGUAGGUGGCACCAACAGCAGAUAUGUCGAGGAAGUCAAAGGAAGAUGGGCAGACUUUUGUGCCAAGGUACAGUUCUAUGGUGUGUGGAAGAAAGCCCUGAAAGCCCCUUUCCCUUUGGAUGUCCGUGGAGUGGAGUUCACACUCGCCCUCUUCAAUGCACUCCCAUCCCUUUUCCCCUCACCAACUUCACCACCAAAGAAGCUUGGAAAUAGCUGUGAGGCACUUCUUCAUAUCCUGAAGUCAGGCGAAGACCCUGGCCUGUACCUGGAGAAGCGUCCGCUCUCCUCCCCAGUUCUGCUUUCUGAUGGAUCAACCACCAUCGUGGCUGUGGGUAACGUACCUGUGACCACCCUCCCGCAGGAAGAUUUCUCAGAUGGGAUGUUGGUGUUAAUGGCAUACUACUACACUUUGCACUUAACAUAUCCAAAAUGUGUUGCAACGCUCCUCUCUGUUAUUCAAACAGAGGUAAUUGGUGACACAAUCCACGACCAAGAUGCCACUAGUGCAUACAAGAAAGCAAUGGUUGAUUGGAAAUCUUUCAUUGAGAAGUAGCUGAAUGUCAAGGAGUAUUUUGUCAUGUCAGUUGUUCUUGUUAUUGUUAGUUGUGCCUACAAUAGUUUUGUGUAUUCCGCAAGCUUAUUACAGUGUCCCUUAGUUAUUUGCUUAAAUUACUCACAGGGGUUCCAGUAGUAGGGCUGCUCCCUCUUAGUCGAUGAGUCAAUCUUAGUUAAUCGGUCGUUUUGGUCUUAGUCAUCUUAGAUUUCUUUAGUCGAUUAGUCAUGUUUCAUGCUUUUUUCAUGCUGAAUGACUUAUUUCCAAGAAACGUACGAGCACAUCUCUGGUAAACACAAGAGUUAAGGGUUGACAUUUUACCUAAUAGAUAUCACAGUGAAACGUACUUUGAUUACUUCCAUUAAGGCAGUUAUUUGUUGUAUUACAUGUUUUCUGAAAUGUUGUGUUUAAAUAUGCAAAGGCAUUAUCUUAUUCAAUAUAUGCAUCCUUUUGCAUGGCUCUUUGCAGAGAAACUCAGAUUUACAGAUCUGUUGAUUAAAUCAACUAAUCGACUAGUCAAUGCAAUUGAAUGAGUGUUAGUCGACUAAGAAUUUCUUCAAUCGAACACA